AUGAAUGGUGGUAUGGAACAAGAACAACUGCAAAUGGAUCCAGAUGUUUACCCACCCUUUAAUGAUCCUUUUUGGUCCUAUGAUUAUAUUGCGGAAUCGGAACAAGACGCAAAAUAUGCUGUCGUUCAUUCUUCAAGCGACUACACGAAUGAAUUGAUCGGCCACAGUGAGAUGGAUUACAACUCAAUGACCGAACAAAUGCCUUUAUCUGCUAUUGCAAGCAUUAUAGAAGAAUACUCCCAAGAAGAGCUACAGGGUGUUGGGUGCUGGGAGCCCAGUAAUGACUUUGGUUCAUGCCCUGCGCUUCCCGUCAUCAGCGAAACCGAACACCAGACCACUCUUCCUUCCCAUAUUCAAGCUACGCACCUGAAAACUGCGGGAGUAGAGUUCCAACGCCAAUCUCUGCCCCAUCCUCCAGAUCAUAGCACCCAUACCACUACGAACGAUGUACGCAACAUGAGAGGCAGUAGCUCAGAAAGUGUCAGUGGAUAUCCAAGUAUUGCGAGAAGGAUUGAGGGUGAAAUUCAGAGUCUUCUAGUUUCAAUGAGAACCCUACAGGAAAGGACCGACAACACAUCAAAAAAGGUCGAAAGACUACUGGGAAUGGUUGAGAAAAUCCAAGAAUGCGAGGAUCUCGCGGCGAAAAAGGUGGGGGAUUUGGCGAAGCGUACCGAGCGUCCGGCGCCUUUCCGUGCACGCAAGCUAGUAACCAGACGAACAAGCCCAGUCACAAAGAGCACAUGA